CUCGCUUUCGUUUAGGUACACAUGUUUGCGAAAAUUUCGACAUGAGUGUUCCAGCUUUUAUCGAUGCAGGCGAAGUUGAGCAGAUUCUUGAGCUGAGAAGCUUUCUAAAAUCCCUUGGCGCAGAAAUAUCGGAGGAGAACUCAGAACGAGGCUUGGUGACUGAUCUUCUCCACGUCAUAGAAGCGGCAAAUAUUUGUUGGAAGGAGUCCGCCGAUAAUGACCACCUUGAGUGUGUCUUCAACAGUAUCAUCUCGCUAAUCCUGAUUGUGCCUCAAGAAAAAAGUGAGAAUGUCGUCGUGUCAUUUUGUGAAAAAGUUGCGAAAGCGCCGCCUGGGGACAAAAGGGCCACUGUUAGGAUACGAUUGCUGAACCAUCUUUUCCAUGGUUUGGAUGAGCGAUCGUCCCAUCGGUAUCUGGUGUACUAUCAUUUGGUCCGAUUGGCCGGCCAGGUGCAGUGUAUAGACUAUAUCACUACAGAUCUAAGACAGUUGAAAACUUGGAUUGGUCAGUGGGAGAUCAGCAGUCAGAAAUACCAGACUUUACUGAGGGCACUUUAUGAUGCAUUUGUAGCUGCAAAACAGAGCGAACAGUCCACCAAAGUGAUGAUAGAACUCUUAGGAACAUACACUGAAGAAAAUGCUUCGCAGGCCAGAGAUGAUGCGCAUAAAUGCAUUGUGACCUGUUUAGGAGACCCAAGCACUUUCCUACUCGACCAUUUACUCACUUUGAAACCGGUCAAGUUUUUAGAAGGAGAACUUAUUCAUGAUCUGCUGACAAUAUUUGUAUCCGGUAACUUAGACGGCUAUAUGAAGUUCUACAAUAGCAACACGGACUACGUUAACACACUAGGUUUAUCUCACGAUGAUAACAUGCAGAAGAUGCGGCUGCUGACAUUCAUGCAGAUGGCAGAAAAUAAGAAAGAAAUCGACUUUGAGACCAUUCAGAAGGAGAUGAAGUUGGCUCCAAAUGAGGUGGAGGCAUUCAUCAUUGAUGUGGUCAGGACAAAAGCAGUUCGUUGUAAAAUCGAACAGCGCGAGAAAAGGAUUGUCAUCAGCUCGACAACGCACCGCACAUUUCAAAAGCAGCAGUGGCAACUUCUACGCGAUAAUUUCAUCACUUGGCGAGAGAAUCUGACCAAUAUUUGUGCCAGUCUAGCGGCUAUUACCCCGGCUUUAGACCCUGGCAAGCCACCAGCCUAUUAAAGGGACACUGUUGCCACGUUUUUCGACCCUGUUGUCUCAGUUUGACACUGGGGUCUUUGAUCAAUGCUGCAGGAAGUUCGGCUAGGAUUUUUUGUUUGGGAAUGGGGAAAAUCAUCAUUUGGCCAGGCCAGUUAAAUUGUUGUUAAAUUGGAAAAUAUUCAACUCAAUCUCUGAUUUUUACAAAAGAAUCUGAUAAACUUGUUGACUGGCAAACUGAAAAAUCAGGGAAUGUUUCUGUCCUUCAUCUAACAUCAGACCAAUUCAUUUGAAUGUUUGAUUUGUUUAAUCUAUGGUAUGGAGUUUCUAAAUAUGGUCCUUACCAAAAUAUGGCAAACACCAAGCAUGCUGAUAUUCAUAUUUUCCAGUUUAUAACCUGCAAUGAUAACUGGUCUGGCCAAACGAAAUUGGAAGUAAGAUAAUCAUUUACUCUACUGAAAUAUACAUAACUUGUUAAUGAAAUUUAUAUUUGUCAAGGUUGAUAUGAACAUACUAUUAAUACUUUUGUGGCCAGUUUCACAUGACGUGAUUUCCAAAGUGCUGGCUUCAUUGGUGCCCCAGAUCAAUUGGAAUAUUCCUCUGAUUGUAUGUGGCUCUGGAGGCCUGACUGACUUCUAUGUAUCCUUGGGCAAGAGGCAAACUACUUGAUGAUGCAAGCCAGUCAUAUUAUGCAAGUUGGUUGGCCUUGGUAUAACGUUUUUAAUCAUUCUUACCUUCUCCACGUAGCCCUUUGCAAAAUAUCAAUAUCUAAUAUUUCCCUAUUUUCAUGUAGGCCUACAU